AUGAUGCGAUAUGUGUACUGUGGAGUUCAUAGGCUUCUGCGAGCAACUUCUUUUCACCUUUUAAUCACAGCUGGAGUGCUCGUUAUGCUUGGAAAUAUAACAAAUGGAUUUGUACAAGGAACAGAUACCCCCCAAGGACUUCCUCCAUAUGAAGUAGUUCACCCUCUCAGGGUGGAUUCAAGGGGUCACUUCAUUUCCAGUGCCGUGUCCUUCCACGUGAGCCGGAUUCAAAGGCGGGAGACCCAGGAGGCCGGGAGGCUGGCUCAGGUUUACUACCAGCUGCAGUAUGGUGGACGCAACUUGCACUUUAACCUCUCUCUCAAUCCAAACCUUGUUGCCCCAGGGUUUGUUACAGAAAAACGGUACGGUGGCCUGCAGAGCUCAAAAGUGCACCGACCCCGCCACUCUCUUUGCCAUUUCCUUGGGAAUGUGUUGGAGGGCUCUGCCGUGAAGGGUCAAGCUGCUCUUAGCACCUGUGAUGGCCUUACGGGGCUUUUCAAGCUAGCAGAAGAUGAGUUCUUCAUCAGGCCGCUCGAGCAGGCUGAGGGCGAGGAGGCACCACAGGCUCAUGUUAUUUAUCAGCGCCGAGCUUCUCAGGUGGAGGAUGAACAGCUGUCUCCGCUCACUGGUGGACCCGCACUCAACGGUUCCUGUGGCGGUGAAAGACCAGAUCCGUCCAGGAGCCUGCAGCGCUGGGAGAGGCAGCGGGAACGUUGGGAACGGCGACAGCACCGCAGGAGGAUCCACGAGCGCUCCAUCAGCCGUGAGAAGUGGGUGGAGACGCUGGUGGUCGCUGACCCCAAGAUGGUGGAGUACCAUGGAAGCAAGGGAGUGGAAAACUACAUCCUGGCUGUCAUGAACAUCGUAGCUGGGUUGUUUCGGGAUGCCAGCAUAGGCAAUGCUAUCAACAUUGCAGUUGUCCGCAUUAUUCUGCUGGAAAAAGACGAGGAGGACUUAAAGAUCACCCACCAUGCAGACCAGAGUCUGAACAGCUUCUGCAGGUGGCAGAAACGCCUGAACAUGAAGGGAGAUGAACAUCCUGUCCAUCACGAUGUUGCUAUCUUACUUACCAGGAAGGACAUCUGCGCCUCCAUCAAUAAGCCGUGUGAGACGCUGGGGCUGUCGCACGUGGCAGGCAUGUGCCAGCCCCACCGCAGCUGCAGCAUCAGCGAGGACACUGGCCUACCUGUGGCCUUCACCGUAGCACACGAGCUUGGACACAAUUUGGGGAUUCAGCAUGAUGGCAAUGGCAACGACUGCGAGCCAAUCGGGAAGAGGCCGUUCAUCAUGUCCCCGCAACUCCUGUAUGGCGCAUUUGCACCCAGCUGGUCUCGCUGUAGCCGCCAGUACAUCACCCGCUUCCUUGAUCGAGGCUGGGGCUGGUGUCUGGACGACCCCCCGGUGCGGGACGAGCUCCUCCAGCACGGCCUGCUGCCGGGCGCCCUGUACAGCGCCGGCCACCAGUGUCAGCUCCAGUACGGCUCCAGCUCUCUCCUCUGUGACGAAGUAGAUAAUAUUUGCAGCACGCUGUGGUGCACAGUGGGAAACACCUGUCACUCAAAGCUGGACGGAGCUGUGGACGGCACUAAAUGUGGCGAAGGGAAGUGGUGUUUUGGUGGGGAGUGUGUCCCCGUGGGGGAUCAGCCGGAGCAGGUGAAUGGCGGCUGGGAGCCCUGGAGCGAGUGGUCCGACUGCUCCAGGACCUGUGGGGCGGGCGUGCAGAACGCCCAGAGAGACUGCACCAACCCAGCUCCUCGCCAUGGAGGACGGUAUUGCCUGGGGGAGCGACGGCGUUUCAAGAUCUGCAACACGAACCCCUGCCCCCCCGACCAGCUCAGUUUCAGACACAUCCAGUGCAGCAACUUCAACACCAUGCCUUAUAAGGGCAAGUUCUACCAGUGGGUUCAUGUCAACAACAGAGUGAACCCUUGUGAGCUGCAUUGCCGGCCCCUGAACGAGUACUUCUCCGAGAAGCUGCGGGAUGCCGUCACUGAUGGGACUCAGUGCUACGAGGGCAGCGAGAGCCGUGACAUGUGCAUCAAUGGCAUCUGUAAGAACGUGGGCUGUGAUUUCGAAAUCGAUUCCAACGCUGUGGAGGACCGUUGUGGCGUGUGCCAGGGUAACGGCUCCACCUGUGAGACCGUGAAGAAGACCUUUGAGGAGAGCGAGGGAUUGGGCUACGUCGACAUUGGUCUGAUUCCAGCGGGGGCACGGGACAUCCGCAUAGAGGAGGUGGCAGAGGCUGGGAACUUCCUGGCGUUGCGCAGCAGUGACCCCAAAAAGUACUUCUUGAAUGGCGGCUGGACCAUUCAAUGGAAUGGAGACUACAAGGCGGCAGGGACGGUCUUCACCUAUGAGAGGACAGGUCACCUAGAAAACCUCACUUCCCCCGGACCAACCCUGGAGCCCGUGUGGAUACAGCUGCUCUUCCAGGAGACCAACCCGGGAGUGCGCUACGAGUACACCAUCAGCAGAGACUCCGUCUCCGACUCCAACGGCACCCACCCCAUCUCUGAUUUCCAGUGGCAGUUCGGCUCCUGGACAGAGUGCAGUGCCACAUGUGGAGCAGGUGUCCAGCGUCAAAUUGUUCACUGUGUGGAAAGGACCACUGGGAUGGUAGAGGACCAUUACUGCGACCCGUCCACUCGCCCCGAUGAUAAACGCGCCAGCUGCAACGAGGAGAUAUGCCCUGCCAUUUGGUGGGUGGGAGAGUGGCAUCGGUGCUCGGCGAGCUGCGGAGAGUCGGGGCUGGCCAAGAGAACCGUGCUCUGCAUCCAGAGCGUGGGCCUGGAGGAGCAGAGGGCCUUGCAGCCCUCCGCCUGUCAGCACCUGGUGAGGCCCCAGGCCGUCGCACCCUGCAACACGCACGUCCCCUGCCCUGCCACGUGGACCGCAGGCAACUGGUCGGAGUGCUCGACCACCUGUGCCGGAGGCGUUCAGACUCGGGAGGUGGCCUGCAGCUGGGACACUGGAGUGGACUGCGAGCCUGCAGAGAGGCCUGAAUCCGUCACAUCAUGCAUCAUCCAAGACUGCCCCACCAACGCUGAUGAUGUGUUUGGCGGAGACUGGUCAGGAAGCGGCUCCUCAAGCAAAGAGGUUUUCAACGAAAUAAACUCCAUACCAGAUGACAAUCAUUUGCCCACGUUCAACAUAGGGUCAACGAAGGCACAGCCAAGGGGGCACGGUAACCCAAACAACCACAUAGAGGAAGAUUUCCUAUACUCCAAUUACAUAGACAAAACGUCUGACAAUUCCGUCAAAAACAACGUACCCGUUGAUGAUUUUUAUUAUGACUACAACUUCAUCAACUUUCAUGAAGAUCUGUCUGACGAUGACACAGACAAUGAAGGAGGAAAGAAAGCUCUGGAUAACUCAGGAACACAGGAGCCCACACCAGGUGCCACCACAGCUGGUACUGUUCAGAACAAAGUCAUCACAAAUGCUUCUCAAACUACCUCAACCAUAUUGAUCUCAAACUCUGAAGACUUCUUCAGCGCUUCGACUAUAUCUCCCGAUGUCGAGGAUGAAGUUGGCAAAAUUAUUUCUGAAGGAUCAGAAAAUGAAGAAAGAAUUCUGACUGAAAACCCAGAUGGGAAUGUUUCAGAUGACGACGUGCUCUUGAUGUCAGAGGAUCAUUUAUUGCCUAUUUCAGUAGCAACACCUCCUCAAAAAUCAAUAACAAAGUUUUCUCACCCGCAGAGCCCUGAAGACUCAUCAAUACACCUCACCACUACAACACCUGCAUUCCAGCACUUAGACCCAAUGAAGGAAAUUCAAAGCCCAGUCCAGGUAAACAACGUGGAUUCCCCCCUUGGAAAUAACAGCACUGGCAGCUUCUAUGAAGAUGGUUAUCCAGACAUUGCGGGGGACUAUCAUGAUGAGACUGGUGAUGAGGGUAUCAGUCCAGAGUAUGGAAUCUAUGAGGAGAGAGCGGAGGAUUACGAGGACGAGGAUGUUCCUGGAGGUAACGAGGAAGUUCCUGGAGGGGACAGCAGGACACAGUCUCAGGAAGCCACAGCUGCCCCUCAGCCUCCGUCUGAAGGUCUUAUGUUGAAGAUUGAGAGUCUUGUGCCUGCUACUACCUCACUUGUGUGGAGUGAGACCACACAGGUGCCACUAACCACUCCAUUUGCACUGGACCUUGACAUCAACACUCGACUCCACUUAGAGGAAAAAUCGACCACUACGUUCACUACAGCUGAUGGACUGAAGAGUUCUCAUUCAUGGACCACUCGACCAAAUGACCUGGACACCACUCACGUCUUUACUCAGGAACCUCUCCUCACAUCUCUGGGGCCCUCAGCCAUGACACAACAUUACCAAGACACAACCUCAGGGCCUAGAUCUACAUCCCUACCUCCUACAGAUCCAACCCCUCCUUCACAAACUCCUCAGACUAUCACAGCGUCUUGGGAUUAUGAUGAUGAUUAUGAAUUAUGGCCUACCACUACAGUUGCAGAAGGUGUCACCAGCAGUCCAGUCCUAGAUGCAUCACCUUUCAGUGAGUCAGACAUUCCCAGCUCAUCAGAGAGUUUGGGCGAGGUUGACUACAACGAGAUUCUGGUUCCACCUUCAACGAGGUUCAGAGGCACUGACUCUCCAACUGAGUCAUCCACAUCUUCACCUCAAAGUGUUGCAGUUCAGGCCACAACAGUGCCUCACAGACCUGCCACAUCACCAUCAAUGCCCUUCGAUACAUCCCAAACCCAGCCAACCAGUGCAGCUCAGUGGCGCAUAGGGAACUGGAGCUCGUGCUCCACUAGCUGUGGCCUAGGCGCCGUCUGGAGGAUAGUGAUCUGCAGCUCUGGUGUGGACUCGGACUGCGACCAGCGGCGCAAGCCGGCUCCUGCCCACCGCUGCUACCUGCGACCCUGCUCCGCCUGGAGGGUGGGCGAGUGGAGCAAGUGCUCCAGGAACUGUGGAGGAGGGGAGAGGCACAGGGACGUGCAGUGCCACAACAUGCGAGACCAGAGAGCCCUGAGACCCUUCCACUGCCAGGCUGUCUCCACCAGACCCCCAAGCCAGGUCGCCUGCAACGUCCAGCCCUGUCUGGAGUGGUACACGUCCUCCUGGGGCCAGUGCUCGGAGCUGUGUGGGGGAGGGGAUCAGCAGCGUCUGGUCACCUGCCCGGAGUCAGGGAGGUGUGACGAGUCCCUCAUGCCGAAUUCCAUCCAGGCAUGCAACAGCCAUUCCUGUGCGCAGUGGGUCACAGGAUCCUGGGGGCAGUGUUCUGCCUCUUGUGGAGGGGGAGUCCAGCGACGCCUGGUCAAAUGUCUCAACACCAAGGCUGAGCAGGAGCAAGAGGCCGAGGCACAGUGUGACCAUGAGCCCACCCCGGAAAACACUCAGAAGUGCAACCCACAGGAGUGUGACAGCGCCCCCACUGCUCAGGUAUGCGUGCGUGACCGUCUCACAUUCCGAUUCUGCCAGACCCUCCUGUGGCUCGGCCGGUGCCACCUUGCCACCGUGCGUGCCCAGUGCUGCAAGACCUGCGAUCAGUGGGCGCGGGCCAGGGAUGGGACCACCCACCGCUGAGGAGACCUGCAGAGAGGGCACCGGCUGGGUGGCACACACUCAGAAAACUGUUCCACUGCCCACGUGUAUAAACUCAGAACACGUUCACAUGUUCGUGCACACACACACACACACACACACACACACACACACACACACACACACACACACACACUCACACACACUCACUCACUGAUAGACAAAUAUGUACACACACAAAUAAACACACAUGCAAAUACAGAUGCAUACACAAAAGCACAGCUAAGAGGACACAGACUAGACAUAAUCCAAAGCAGUCUUUUAUCUGCUGUGGUGAUGUUGACCUACACGAUCGUGCAGUGGUUUCCUCUAGGGUCCGCUCCAUGCACUGAACCCUCUGCAUCUCGGCUACAAAAGAGAGAGGACCGCAGAUUCAUCCACACAUCUCAAAGAACUAGCAUUGCAACAACCAGGGACGUAUAUUGAGCCAUCUCAAAAAAAAGUCUGCUGGAAAUGCUCUACUUGUUUUACAUUUGGACUGCACUGCUAUACGUGGUUUCCAGGAACGAGCAACAGUAUUCAGACUGCAAGAGAGGCAGAUGUUUGUGGUCCAAGACAUCACCAUACCAUUCUGAAUACUCUCUGAAUAGUUGUAGAGAAUUUUUGUUUAGUAUUCUGGUCUUUUGUUAACAUUUUCUUGUGUAUUCUUCACAUUUGGUAUAUUAUUUGUUUGUUUUGUUUUUGUGGUGCCAGAAAGGAGGAUGUUGUCUGGUUCUCUUCAGUGGUCACAGGGAUUUGACAUGUGGUCUAAUUUAUGGAUAAACAUGCAGAGGUACAUUGUGCAGCCUAAACAAUGCUUUCUUUGGAUUGCAGCUCACACCUACACAAAAGCGGGAGAAGAAAGAAAAAAACAUAAAAAUAAGACGGUUAAUCAAUUGGUGCUUCAAACAAGACCUGGUGCUAAACUCAGUCAGGUGUUGGCUGGCCAGUGCCUUCUUCUACUUGAAUUUUUAAGAAGCUCCAUUUGGAGCACUAGAUUUAGAUAGUGCCACCACUUAAAGUUCCAUGUUCACAACUGAAAGUAAGUGGAACUGUAGAAAUGUUGUUGAUCAUGUGAGCUGUCAUGUUUUUUUGUUGGUUUGUUUAUUAUUGGGGUUUUUUUUUUUGGGGGG